AUGUUUGCACUAUUUUACGACCCUAAGGGUUGGGUCAUGACCCUGAGGGUCAGGUUGUGUCAGAUAAUCCGGAUUUGCAAUGAGAAUCUCCGUGGUCCGGGUCGCGGUCCGGGUCGUCAGGGUGACCCGCGGGUCGUGGCGAGGUCUACCUUUGAUGCCGUGCUUCCCGGCAGACUGAUCUGCAGAUUACGUGAGCAGGGCUGGCCUACCAAUCUCAUUCUUUGGAUUGCCUCCUUCGCCACUGGACAAUCAGUCCAGAUCCAACUUGAUGGAGAGAUUGGCCCCUCAACAGACAUUGCCUGCGGUCUUCCACAAGGAUCCCCAGUAUCUGGCAUCCUUUUCAUGCUCUAUAUAGCGCCUCUAUUCCGUCUAGGAAACCCAAAGAACAGAUUUGGUUAUGCGGACGACGCAGCUAACCUAGCAAUCUCAACAUCUCUUGCUACUAACUACAAAGCCUUAUCAACUCACUUUAAGAAGCUCUUAACUAGGGAGCUGCAGAGGGCAUUACAUUUGCAUUAGAUAAAUACAAGCUUCUUCACUUCUCCUAAUAUAAAGCAGACCAGGACCCAACCCACACAUCUUCAGUGAAAGCUAGAUCUAUUUGUGAAGGUGUUCAUUCUCUAUCC